AUGGAGAUCGACAGUCGACCGUUGGAGACGCACGCGCACACACAUUCACAUGCGCAUACACACAUGGCCGUCGACUCCCCGCAGCCGGACGAUGUGCCCGACGAAGACCUGUCGGAACAUGCGCGUCCAAGAAAAAGGACGCGCCGUGCCUGCGACAAGUGCAGCAAUUCACGAACCAGAUGCAACGGCGAGUGUCCUUGCCGUCGAUGCGUAGGCAUGAUGGCUACAAGUCCAUCAACGGGUGCACACCAACACCAGCAGUCGUCGCCGACCCUAUCGCGUCUUGCCUAUCAGCAGGCCGGCACCUCUCCAGGUGGAGCUUUCCCCUCCAUGGGAGGAAGCCACCAUGCAGGUAGUGUACACGGUGCACCGGCAGGCAGCACCAGGGAUGGCGUUGCUUCUGACGAGAGCAUGGGCUAUCCGUCUCCGGCCAACGGAAGCGUCACUGGUGGUUAUGGCGGCUCCCAUCGUCCCAGCGUCUCUUUCGGCGUCGAGAGCCCUUCAGGUCUCGGCAACAUCGGUCAUCAAUCCGGGCGCGAGGGCAGCUCUAGUAGCCAACGUCACGCAAACGGCCGUGGCUCUUUCAGUACUGUGACCGGUGUCGCGAAUUGCCGAGUAAGGAUUGGUUCCGUAGCCGACCCAGGCGGCGCGACGUCGGGAGGAGGUUUCCCCGAGAUUCAGCGAGUCUCGUCGCUAUACAAAGCGCCGAGUGCCGACUGUCGAUACGCGUGUCUGCUGCCAGUACUUCCGUACAUUGCCGAUAUUAUACCCGCCAGCGUUGCAUGCGAUCUACUCGACGUUUACCUAACGGAGCCCGGCAGCUCUCUCUUUCGCUGUGCUAGCCCCUACAUCUUGACGCGCAUAUUUCGCAAGAAGUCCCUGUUGCACCCAACAAAUCCCCGACCCACCACCCCUGCACUGCUUGCGACCAUGCUUUGGUGCGCUGCUCAAACAGCCGACAUUGUAUUGCUCCAUGUACCUGGAUCCCGAAGCAAGAUCACCAACGCGCUAUAUGAACUCUCUACUUCGCUUAUUUCUCGACGCGACCCCGACAGAUGGAGGCGGAUCCACGGGGGCCUGCGCGUGGAGAAUGACCAGUCGCAAACCCACUACGCCGAAUAUUUCCGUAAUCUCAACGGCGGCGAUGGCCCAUCCUUGCGAGCUAGCGAUCACCUGCCAACGACCACAGCCACUAACGAGCCUGGGGGUGUUAUCGAUGAUGUACUCACGUUUGUCCUACUGUCAAUCGCUGUAUCUGGAGGCGAUUUCAAGUCCGACUGCUUCAAAUGGUGGAACAAAGCCAUCAGACUGGCCCUAGCUCUAGGCCUCCAUCGAGAGGAUGAACGCUGUUCGGCCUCAGUGAGCCCCUGCGCCAACCCGCUGUGCUCCUGCCGGCGUGAACACGAGGACGACGCGUCCUUGGCAGGGGCCGAAGCCAGAGAGGAACGGAGGCGCGUCUUCUGGCUGAUCUACUGCUUGGAUAGGCAUUUGGCGCUUUCCUUCAACAGCGCUCUGUAUAUCCCGGAUUCAUACUGCGAGCUGUAUACUCCUCUUCCGGAAACGGUCUGGGAGGAACUUGAUACAAUUCCACAAGCUUCAAUGCCUGAAAGAGUUAUUGGUCCGCCUACAGUUGUGACUGGCACGGGAUUUUUUGAGUAUUUUUUACCGCUCAUGGCCAUUCUAGGCGAUAUUAUUGAGGUCCAUCACCGAAGACUGCACCCGCGACUCGGCGCUCUCGACGACUCCCCUGCAGUGGCGGUUAUAAGCGAGGAACUGGCAGCCUGCGAGCGGAGCCUCGACAGACUGGCCCUCGAUGCAGAGCCGUUAGCCCCUGCAGCCGAUCCGAUUGGAUCUGACUAUUUGUCGGCGGCAACUGCUGGUGGCGGUGGCGUUAUCAACGGCUCUACUGUGGCAUCUACCUCGGCCCCUGCAGCCAGUACCCCUGGGCCACAUAUCAAGGAUCUCGUGACGGGAGGUGUAGAUGGCGCCAGGCCAGUAUCAACUGGGAGUCAGAAUGGCAGCAGCGCGCAAGACGGCGUGGCGAAAGUCGAACCCGGGCCUACAACCCAGUCGACAACACCUUCCGGACCGCCGCCUUUCUCUGCGGGCUCUGCAGGUAAUACGCCCCCGGACCGGCGGCAGCACCGCUCCUCGUCUGUCCGUGACCGGUCGCGUCUGCAGCUGGUUAUGGCGUAUAGCACACAUAUCCUCCACGUGUUGCAUGUCUUGCUGCAUGGAAAGUGGGACGCCAUCUCGAUGCUGGACGAUGACGACGACUGGAUAACGUCGGCACGCUUCAACGACUGCGCCGCCUCAGCGAUUGCCGCUUCCCAAGCUGUCAGUAGGAUCUUGCGGCACGACCCGGAGUUGACCUUUAUGCCGUAUUUGUUCGGGAUAUAUCUUCUCCACGGCUCGUUUAUUCUUCUCUUGUUUGCCGACCGCAUGCCGCAGCUAGGCGGACCUAAUCAGUCGGUCGAGCAGGCUUGCGAAACGAUUGUUCGAGCCCACGAGGUAUGCGUCGUGACGCUCUCGACUGAAUUUCAGAAGAAUUUUAGGAAGGUCCUGCGGAGUACUUUGUAUAGCGUUCGCGGCUCCAGUCCUACCGAGUGGGAGGAGCACAAGGCUAGGAGAAGGGCAUUGAGCUUGUAUCGUUGGACUAGAGGCGCCAAGGGUCUAGGUCUGUGA